UCUAGAGACAUCGCCGCACCGCCAAGAGACGAGACAGGGAGAGUUGUCCGCCAAGCCCUAGCAGCAGCCUCCUGCCCGAUCCGCCGUCCAUGGCCCUGCGUACGCUGGCGUCGAGGGCACGGGCUUCCGCCGCUGCGGUCCUCGUCCAGACGCCGGCCCUCCGCCUCCCCCCUCUGCUCGGCCGCCGUCCCAACUUCCACUCCGACGCCGGCCCCCGCCUCUGCCCUCCGGCCGGCGGCCGGCCCUGCCUCAUCUCCACCAGAAACCUGCGCACAAGAAUUAACUUGGAAUCAGCUAACGUAGAGGAGCUUACACGUGAGGCAGCCUUCUUAAGAGAACAGAUGGAUGAGGUUGGGGACCUUCUCCGUAAGGAGAGGGACAGGUCUGAUCUAAUCAUGAAGGAUCUUUGGCGUACUAUGAAGCGUAUGGCCUGUUGUGCUGCUGUGGUGAAAGUCAUAACGCUUGUCAUUUCUUAUAAACUAGAGGAAGAAGAUGAGGUGAUGGAUUAACUAGUGGAACAAGCUAAGGUGAUGGACUACUGGAACAAGCUGAGACGUCUUGUCAUCAGCUUGCAGUGAGCACUUAACGAUUAGUAGGUUAUAUUAGGGAACUGGUGUAUUAAUAUGCCUAUCAGCCAUGUGUCACUACUUGAUUAUAUAUGUUAUAGAACUCCGAGCUGUUUGUAUGGGUGUACGUCUUUUACCAGCUAGGUGUGAGCUCUGAACGAGUAGUAGGUUAUGUUAGGAAACUAAUGUAUUGAUAUGUGUAUCAGCUGUGUAUAGACGUAUGGGUGUA